GAGAGGACACUCUCUGAAGACCAGACUGUUAGGGAAGAGUGAACAUUCUCCUCUGGUUCUCUCUGAAGAUGAAGCUGUCGGUUUCAGUGCUGAUGCUCCUCACUCUGGGAGCUGUGGGGGAGGUGGUGGAGAACUUUACAAAAGUAGUAGAUUGUGGAAAAUUCUUUCUGAAUGGUGAACCACCAGAGUUUAAAAUUGGAACACAAAUUGGAACAGCCUCACAGGGUCGCUAUGUGCCGAUCUGUCAGAGAUACAAAAAUAAGUAUCAUUAUGCGACUCUGUAUGACACCGCAGAAAAGAUUCCUGUGUAUUCUGCAUAUCGGUAUGAAAGGACACCAGACUGUACAGGAAAAAGGCCUGUUUUAACAUGGAUGAUUGAACCCCAGCUUGAGAACAACAAUAAUGGUGGUGAGAUGAUCUUGCAAAAGCAGAUGAAAAUUAACCGACAAGCCUACAACUCAGAGUACGAAGACUCCAGGUAUGAUAAAGGUCACCUGUUUCCUUUCUGCCACACUAACUCUGAUGAAGCUGCAGAGAGCACCUUCACCCUCACCAAUGCAGCACCUCAGAGAUGUGACUUCAACAAGAUGUGGUACAGCAAAGUGGAAUACAGAGUGAGAAAAAACUUAACAGACUGCCUGAAUGCUUCAAAAAGAGCGUAUGUAGUAACAGGAGUUGUGCCAAGUAAAGAAAAACAAACACUGAAGAAGGGCAGCACGGUUAAUGUGCCCAGUCACUUCUGGACUGCGUAUUGCUGCUGUGAUAAUAAUAGUAAAUGUAAAUUUGGUGCCUACAUUAUGCAUAAAGAAGCUGAUGAACCCACAAACUACGAAGAUGAAGAACUCAUUGACUUUCAUAAAGAUCUAGAUGAAUUAUAUAAACCGAUGACUAUGAAAGUGUUCAAUGAAAAAUACAUUACUGGAGAAAAACGACGGCGAAUACAGUAAAUAAAUCCAGUCAACAGCAAUUACAGAAUCACCUUCAGCAGCACUUGUGCUCAGUAAAGUAUAUAACAUUGUGGUGAAAGACAUCACAGAGAUGUUGUUUUUAAGAAUAACUGAUUCUCUGUAAGUUAGGAAAUGGGAUAUAGUUAUAUUAUGUAUGUGUGAAUAAUAUUGCUGUUGUCGGAACAAAACCUCGUAUCUCCAAAAUGGUAAUUUUACAGGAGAAGGAAAAAACAUACUUUACUUUUAAUGUAAGUCAAU